CCCCUUCCAUCGCGCCCGCGACACAUCCGCACUGCAUUGCACGCUCCUCCGUCGCCCACACGCUCGCGUGACUUCAGGGGAGUCUCUUCGCCGCUUGCCCCACGUCUCCGCCACUCCGCCCCCAUGUCCCCCUCGCUGCGGCGCGCAUUUGCCGUGCGCCGCAGGCCCCCUCACGCGCAUGUCUCCCCGCUCCCCUUCCCUCCGCUUGUCCCCUCCCUGCGCGCGGAAGGCGCGUGGCGGCACCUGCUCUGCUGCCGGCCAAUUCCCGCACCCCCGGCUUCCACAAUGAACGCUCCUCUCGAUAUAGACCCAAACCACCGCAUUUUCACGCCGCGAUCGUCGCUAGACUCCCCGCCUCCUGAAGCGCAAGCGGAAACACCGCCCGAAUCCCCGCUCCCCCCGCCGCCGAACCUCCCCGCGUUCAGCCCCGUCCCACGUGGCUAGAGUAUGACGUGGCGCUAUACGACAAAGACCUGCCACGUGCCCUUUCCAUCGCCACCGCGCUGGCCCCUCGAAGGCCGGCAGGCGAAGCCACUCGGGAAAGCGCCGGAUUCCUGGAUCUACCCGCGGAGACGGGGGGAAUGGUGGCGCAGGGGGGACUGGGGCAGGCGCAACUGGAGGGCGGGCGGCGGCGGAGAGCGGACCUGCGCGUGGUGGGGCGCACGUACGAAUGGCUGCGCAGCGAGGGGCUCCUGAGGAACUUCGGACGGUUCCAAACCAGCAUACUGGAGGGCGUGCCUCGCGUCGUCACUCCCAAGGUGCUCAGAGACCGAUCGGGCCUCCAAGCGGCGAACCUGGCCCCGCAGAAGUGGGGCACGUCCACACCGUGGCUGCCCGUCGCGCUCUUCGCAGCCUUCUCCGCGCUGGUGGACGUCGGGGUGGACCUGCGCCCGCUCGCCAUCAUCUCGCUUGGCCUCGCCAUGGGCGACGCCAUGUACCUGGGGGGGCGGGGCGCGGGGCAGGUGCUGAUGCUGCUGUGGGCGCCGUUCAGGGAGCGUGUGCUGGUGCACGAGGCGGGGCACGUCGUGGCGGCGUAUCUUCUAGGGUGCCCCGUGCGCGGGGUGCUCCUGGACGCGUUUGAGGCGAUGCGGGUGGGCGUGCGCGGGCAGGCGGGGACGCAGUUCUGGGACGAGCAGCUCGAGGACGAGCUCCGCGCCGGCCAGCUCUCCUCUGCCUCCGUCGACCGCUACAGCAUAGUGCUGUUCGCGGGCGUGGCAGCGGAAGCCAUGCAGUACGGGCAGGCGCAGGGGGGGAGGGCGACGAGAACCUCUUCAAGGCGUUCCUCAGCAACCUCACGCCCUCCUGGUCGGGGCCCCAGAUGGCCAACCAGGCGCGGUGGGCAGUGCUGCAGGCGUUCCUGCUGCUGCAGCGCAACCGGGCGGCGCACAGUGCAGUGGUGGAGGUGCUGAAAGCGGGGGGCGGCAUGGGGGACAUCGUGAUGGCCAUGGAGCGCAACAUGGCUGGCUGAUACGUGCACAGCACACUCGGGGUCAAAAGAGGGCUGGCGGUUGGGGAAGGCUGUAUAAUGUACGGAUGAUGUGUUCUCGUUUUGCAAAUGUUUGAUGUGCACCGUAUAUAU